GUGAAUGGUCUUAGUAGCUGUGUGCACAGAGUUUUGUUCAGCAGAGAACCGGCACUUAAUUGGCUCCCUCUCUCCCUGUCCGGUUGAAAUACUCUCCCCGUUAGCGGUUUUGCGGUCUCUGGUGAAGGUGAGGCUACUUUCUGACCAUGUUCGACCUGAAGAAGAGGAACAGUUUGACUCUGAGGUCCGGCUCCUACGACACCGAGGAGUUCAGACGAGUGGCGGUGAGGCGGAAGGUGAAAGGUGAUGCGGACGGCCACGCCUCACAUACAGGUGUGGGCAGUGGUGUGUGUGGGUCGUACAGCUGUGAUCAGGCUAGUGACCGGAACACCAAUGAAAGAAGCCCAACCAGGAGAUCUCCUGUCAAACCAAAAGUGCCUCCCAAACCAGCUCACCUCCAGAGCCCUGUGAAGAUCAAGCCGGAUCAGACCCACAGUCCCAUUAGAGGAGAAAAACGAAUCCAACCCGUUAACGGCUCAGACGCAGCCCAGAGUCCAAGCAGAGAAGCAGCAGGAGCAAAUAGCACAUGUGAUGGAGUGUCUGUUUCCCACAUCAGCCCACCAAGGAACUGUCUAGCAUCCCUUAGUCCUACUACAGGAAGGGCAGGGGGGAGCAGCUUACUGAAUGGAGUUUCUGGAGCCCAUAUCAGCCCUGUAAGAAAUGGCCAUGGGACUCCAAGUCCAGCAAGUAGUCCAGUUUUAGGAGUCCCCAGUCCGACUAAAAGAGGCAUUCAAAGCUGCAGCCCGUUGAGGGAAGGAGGGCACAGUCCUGCUAAGUUGUCCCCAAGAAACCACAGCCCUCUCAGGGGGAGGCUGCGGACCCCCAGCCCUGUUCAGGGCAGGACGGGGAGCUACAGCCCAGCCAACAGCUCCAAAUCUUUGCUAGGACAGAAGAGGAGUCCUGUAGCUAAGAUGGAGGGACAGGAGAGCAGGACAUGGACAUCUUGCAGUGUGCCAGAGCUGAUCAUUCACCUGGAGAAGAGCAGCCCUGCUACUCAGAAACAUGAACGCUCUCCACUGAAACCGCUGCCAUCAGCCAACUGCAGUGUAUCUACAAUCACUACCAAAGCAGUGGCCAGCCAUAGACUCAAUCAUACCGCAAACGGAGCAAUGACCGAUCCACUGAGCAGUGACAAAGAGCGUCCCACAGGCCAUAUUAAUGGCAUCAGGCUGGAAAGAGAGGACACAUUAGUAAACGGGAAGGGACCGAGUGAUGGAGAAAAAGAUGAGGAGAGAUCCACGGACGGGAGGAUUCAGAACGGGUCUAAAUGUGAAGAGAUGGCAGAGGAGACGAGCACAAUUGGAGGAGGAGAGCCCAACGAUGAGGAAAGUGUAGAGCAGAAACUGUACAAGGUGGCCAACGAGCUUCUGCAGACGGAGAGGGCCUACGUGGCUCGCCUCCACCUGCUGGACCAGGUGUUCUGCUUACGUCUGACAGAGGAGGCGAGACAAGGCUCAUUUCCUGCGGAGGUGGUGAGGAACAUCUUCUCCAACAUUUCCUCUAUCCACUCCUUCCACAGCCAGUUUCUGCUGCCCGACCUGGAAAACUGCAUAAUCCACUGGCGUGAGAAGCCAGGCCUGGGCGUGGUCAUGCUGCAGCACGCCCCCUUCCUAAGGAUGUACGCAGACUACAUCAGGAACUUUGACCAGGCCGUGGAGCUGGUGAGGACCUGGAUGGAGCGCUCUGCUGCCUUCAGAAACAUCAUCCAGGACAUCCAGAGUCAGGAGGUGUGUGGCAGCCUGACGCUGCAGCACCACAUGCUGGAGCCGGUCCAGAGGGUUCCCCGCUACGAGCUGCUGCUCAGGGAUUACCUGAAGAAACUGCCCGAAGAUAAUCCAGAAUACAGCCUUGCUCACAAAUCCUUGCAGACCAUUUCCAUGGCAGCCGUGCACUCAAACAGUGCCAUCCACAAAGCUGAGAGCCUGAAGCGGCUGCUGGAGAUCUAUGAGAUGGUCGGGGAGGAGGAGGUGGUCAACCCGGCCAACGAGUUCCUCCGGGAAGGUCGCCUCCUCAAGCUUGCCGCCCGGAACAUGUCUGCCAUGGAGAGGCACCUCUUCCUGUUCAACAACUUCUUGCUGUGCUGCACUCCCAAAUUCUGCCUGGUGGGGCAGCGUUACACCGUGCGGACCCGGAUCGGGGUGGAGGGCAUGCAGGUGCAACGGACCACCAAUGAAGACCACCCACACACCUUCCAGGUCUCUGGAAAGGAGAGGACCCUUGAGCUGCAGGCCAGCACUGAACAAGACUGUGAUGAAUGGAUAAAGGUGAUUCAGGGAGCCAUUGAUGUAUUUCAAAGGAAAAAUGAAACCUUUAAGUUGGCUUCUAAGGAACUGGAUGUGGAAGUGUCAACAGAGGAGCUUGGCCGACGUGCCCCUCGCUGGAUCAGGGACAACGAGGUGACCAUGUGUAUGAAAUGCCAGGAGCCUUUCAACGCCCUCACCAGACGGAGACACCACUGCCGAGCCUGUGGCUGUGUGGUGUGUUGGAAAUGUUCGGACAACAAGGUGGCUUUAGAGUACGACGGCAACAAGCUGAACAAAGUGUGUAAGGUCUGCUACUCCAUCCUGACGGGUCAGGACAGACGGGAAAGAGCCGACAGCAAGAAGAGAGGAACACUGGAGCCUCAAGGAGAUGCUGCUUCUCAGAUGAAACCAGGGAUGCAGUGGACGAUGGAGGCGUCCCCGGUGUCCAGUGAUGCUGUGAUGAGCAGCUUCCUGCAGUAUGGUGGCAACGCCAAGACCUGGCAAAGGGUGUGGUCUGUUAUCUCAAAGACUGAGCCGCUGGUCCUGCACCUGUACGCAGCCCCACAGGAUGUCAAAGCCCUGUCCAGCAUCGCUCUGCAGGGCUACACAGUGGACGGAUCCCCCCGGAUGUCUCUGGAGCUCCAGGGCCACGCCUGCUUCUGUCUAAACCAGUGCUCAUCCACCCACACCUUCGCCUGCGACAGUCUGGAGCUGAAACAGCGCUGGCUGGCCGUCCUUCAGGCUGCUGUGACGGGCGAGCUGCCAGCGUGCCCGGUGACCGGCUCAGACAGCGUCACCAAGGGAACCAGAUCUGGCACAAAUCCAAGUGUGGCUGUUGAUGAAGAAGUUGUCACCAACGGCACUAAAGCAGACCACUGCUGACUGUUUCUGAGAGCAGGUACUACUGUUCACUACUGCGUACAUAUACAUGCAGGCACUGACGAAAGACUUCAGUGAUGUUUUAUAGCUUAUAAUGAUAACAAAUGAAAUCGAGAGAUGAUCUUCAGGUAAUGCAACACCAGCACAGUGUUUGUGUAUGAUCCUCUGACACAAGAUUCAACAGAAACAAUAUGAGCGUCAAUGCACUUUAUUUUUGAAAUGUUUACAGUAAAAUAAAUAAAGUGAAGCUGUUUUUAACAUGA